AUGAGUCGGCGUGUCAUUCUCCAGCGCCCACUCUCACUGCCGUCGCCGCCGCCGCAGCUGCACCGCAUCCAUGGCCGAGCAUUCUGCGCCUCUGCGCACGUCGGCAAAGACCCGCGCAUACCCGACCUAGGAAAAGAGAUCAUCGACGACUAUGCGCAGCUGCGCGAGCACUAUGCUACGCCCCGGUACCCCAUCGUCCUCGCCCACGGCCUCUUUGGCUUCUCGGAGCUGCGUCUCGUCCCGCGCCUCCCGGCCGUGCAGUACUGGCAUGGCAUCCAAGACGCCCUGCGCGCCAGCGGCGCGACCGUCUUUGCGACGUCGGUGCCGCCGUCGAGCUCCAUUGCCGUGCGCGCCGCCACGCUCGCCGAGGGCAUCACCGCCGCGCAGCAGGCCGCUGCCGGCGCCGCGUCCCCGUCCUCACCGCCACCGCCCGUCAACAUCAUCGCGCACAGCAUGGGCGGGCUCGACGCGCGCUACAUGAUCUCGCAGCUCCUCCCGCACGCCAACGUGCGCGUUGCGUCGCUCACGACGAUUGCGACGCCGCACCGCGGCAGCCCAGUGGCCGACUACCUCGUCAACGCCGACUCGCAGUCGCCCAUCCACCUCCCCAGCCUCUACAACGUGCUCUCCCGCGCCGGCUUCGGCACCGAGGCGUUUGAGCAGCUCACGACGCGGUACAUGGCGGAGACGUUCAACCCCGCGACGCCGGACGUGGACGGCGUACGGUACUUUUCGUACGGCGCCGACAUGGGCGCGCCGCCGCCGCUGCUGGGCGUCUUUCGCCCGCCCUGGCGCGUGAUACAGGACAAGGAGGGUGCGAACGACGGGCUGGUGAGCGUGGCGAGCAGUCGCUGGGGCGAUUACCGGGGCACGUUGGUCGGCGUGAGCCACCUGGACCUGAUCAACUGGUCGAACCGCAUGCGCUGGGCGCUGCGGGCCAUGAUGGGUAUGAAGAGGACGUUUAACGCGGUGGCGUUUUAUAUGGACAUUGCCGACAUGCUCGCGAAGGAGGAAUUGUAG